CAAAAUUAAAUCACUUAAACAAGUACUUAGGUUUGCUUGCAAUGCAUAAUAAAGGAAGCAGCCACAGUUAUAUUAAUAUACUCAACCAUUUGCCGGAAACAGAGAAAUAAAAAAGCACCUAGAAAAAGAAAGAGAGUUGGAUCUUGAGUGUUAUGGCGACCAAGGUUGAUGAAGAAGCUGGGAUCAAGGAAGAGAAAGUUCCACUCUUGAAGGCUCAAGAGUUUCCUGAUAUAGAAAGGAACACUUUGAUACACAAGGUAAUAGGUCAGACAUUUAAGACCACAGCUCAUCUAGCUAACCUUUUACCUACAGGGACAGUUCUAGCCUACCAGGUCUUAUCACCGAUUUUCACAAACGGUGGACGCUGCGAUCUAGCUAGCAGAUUCAUGACAGAAAUGCUAGUUUUCAUCUGCGGAUUCUCUUGUUUCAUACUUAGCUUCACUGAUUCCUACAAGGACCUGAAUGGAAAUGUCUGCUAUGGGUUUGCCACAACCAAUGGUUUCUGGAUAAUCGAUGGCAAAGCUGAUCUUCCUCGAGAAAGUUCCAAAAGCUACAGACUACGGUUCAUAGACUUCGCACAUGCCAUUAUGUCGUUUCUGGUGUUUGGAGCCGUGGUUCUGUUUGAUCAAAAUGUGGUCAACUGUUUCUUCCCCAACCCAUCAGCUGAAGUCUCGGAGCUUGUCACAUCUUUGCCCGUAGCCGUAGGAGUCUUUUGCAGCCUGAUGUUUGCUACAUUUCCUACUAAACGCCAUGGUAUCGGUUUUCCCCUCUCUGCUAAGUGCUAAAUGUCUAAAUGAUGUUCAAAUUCUCAUAAAGCUUUUGGAAUCUGAAAUUCUCUGUUGUAUCUUGUCUUUACCAAUCUUCUGAGAUGAUCUCUUUAAUAAAAUAUUCUUCAUCUAAUCUUCCUUGUAUUUAGAUCUCCAAAUCUCUGAGAAGAGUUUCUGAAGCUUCUCCUACAAUCGUUUUAUCCAAUGUGUGACCUAUUAGUAGCUUCCAUGUUCCUUUAUUUGGCACGCACCCAUCAGCCACUAUCUCGUUAACUAAUUGAACAGCUUUCUGAAACUCACCCUUUUUACACAAACACUUCACCAAAGAGUCUAGUGUUUCAACCUCCACCGAGAUGCCUCUACUCCUCAUGCUUAGAUAAAGAGUAUAUGCGCGACUUGGAUGAU